UACGGGAUGGUGUUUGAUGCAGGCUCAUCCCACACCUCUCUGUUUGUCUACGAGUGGGACUCGGACAAGCAGAACAACACCGGUGUGGUCAGCCAGACCUUUUCCUGUGAUGUCCAGGGGCCAGGCAUAACAAGCUAUGCCAGUGAUCCCCCGAAAGCUGGUGAUUCCCUAAGAGAGUGCCUGGAAGAAGCCCUGAAAGUUGUUCCUGCUGCAAAGCAGAGGGAUGUCUCAGUUUACUUCGGAGCAACAGCAGGCAUGAGGCUAUUGAGGGAACAGAACAGCUCAGCUGCAGACCAAAUCCUGGCUGAAAUUGCUAAAACCAUACAAGAGUAUCCUGUGGCUUUCUGUGGGGCUCAGAUCAUUACAGGAGAAGAGGAGGGAGCUUAUGGUUGGAUCACCAUCAACUACCUGCUGGAGUCCUUCACCAAGUACUCCCCAAAAGCACACAUGUGGGUCCAUCCAGUGGCAGCCGACAGUUUUGGGGCACUGGAUCUUGGAGGAGCAUCAACUCAGAUCAGCUUUGCCCCCAAAGGUUCAUUUAUAAACUGGAAUGAAACCUCCAGGUUCAUGCUGUAUGGUUACAGCUACAACAUCUACACUCACAGCUACAUCUGCUAUGGGCAGAACGAGAUGUGGAAGCGCCUGGCAAAAGAGUUAAUUGUGGAGUCGCCCUCCAGCACGCUGGUUGAACACCCUUGCUACCCCAAAGACUACAAGGAAACCAUCUCGCUGUCUUCCUUCCGCAGCAGCCCCUGCACCAACCAGAGUGACCCACAGCUGCCUCUCGACGACAGAAACGUGACCCUGGAGGGCAGGAGCAAUGCCAGCGGGUGUUUGGUUGCUGUCAAGAAGCUCUUCAACUUCUCAGCAUGUGGGCAGAGCCAGGACUGCUCCUUCGAUGGCAUCUACCAGCCCCCUGUCAGCGGGCAGUUCUUUGCCUUUUCUGCUUUUUACUACAACUUCAAGUUUCUCAACCUGACUGAGGGACAGUCACUGGCCACCGUCAGGGAGACCAUUGAGCGUUUCUGUGCAAGAACCUGGGAGGAUCUGUCUUCUAAUUACCCCGAAGAUGAUCCUGAGCGAUUGCCUAAAUACUGCGCCAACGCCAACUACAUCCUCACACUCCUCCUUGAUGCCUACAAGUUCAACGAGACCAGCUGGAACAACAUCUUCUUCCAAAUGAAGGUGGGAAGCACCAACGUGGGCUGGACACUGGGCUACAUGCUGAACCUCACCAACAUGAUCCCAGCAGAGGCUCCAGCGUGGGUGAAGGGUCACACACCCUCCUUGUGGGCUGCAGCCAUCGCCUUCAUCACCCUCACCUUGGCCUUGGGGCUCGUUGCACUGGUUGUGCUUUUGUGGACGUAGGAAUGGUAACCUCUACCAUGCUGAAGAACCAAGGGUUGGCUCCUAGAACUGUCCCCAGACAUGCAGAUAGGCACCACGGGAGGUUCCCUGAGGAUCCCCUUGAGGGAUCAGCCUACACACCAAAGCCUGGCCAGUCUGCCUCCUCACACCAUUAAUCCUGUAAGAGAUUUGUCCUCCACCCCAUUGGCUGGAUCAUGGAUGUUGGAGCCCAUCUGGCUGUGCAGGAUCUGAGUGGCAGACCAUCAUGGUGCUGGCAGAUGGGUGCGAGGUGCUUCCUCCAGUGCUGGGUCUGACCACGGUCAGCAAGGAAGGUUCCUGCCAGCUGUGCCAGUCUGAGUGCACAGACGGCUCUGUGAUGCCCCAGCUAACUUUCCUUAUGAACCUACUGCCUGGGCUCAGCUGUUGGCCUAGGAGUUGAAAUGCAAAUUGAGUAUCCACAGCCAGAAAGGUAGUCCAUGCCUCUACAGAGUCCAUCUCAUCAUCAUCUCAUCUCAUCUCAUCUCAUCUCAUCUCAUCUCAUCUCAUCAUCUCUUCCUUUUCUUAUAGGAUAGAGGGAUCAUUGUUCCGCAGUGCCUUCCUGGACACCAGGCUGUCCCACCACCACAAGAUCUGUGAACUGUGGAUACCAGGCUGCAAAUGCAGCUGGCUGCAGAUCUUGCCCCGACCUGUGCAUGGUGCUGAGCUGGAUCUCCCCCACGGCUGUGCCCUCACCUUUGCCUUUGGUUCUGCUCACUCCUUAUCUGCCCCAUGCAUGAUUCACUUUGUUAUUUGCUGGGAGCAAGUCUGCCUCCCAGCAGCAUGGAACUGACCUUUGCAGCUGUUGCAGAAAGGCAGGCACCCAGCCACUCUUGUUAUCCAGAAGUAAACACUGGAAAAGGCAGUGAAGAUGGAAAUGCUUGUUAUUUUGCUCCUGAGCCGAUAAGGUUUUAUUGCUUCUGCCUCAGAGGUAAGGGCUGGUAAUGACAAUGGGACACAGGGGAAAGGGGUCAGAACUUCUGCCUCAGCCACAGGAAGCAAUGCGAGGGCCCUCCUCAGCAUUGUUCAGUGCUGGAGACCUCACAGCACCCACCAAACUUCGGUGGGGAAUGAGGACAGGCCCUUUUGCUUCCAAGAGGGGUUUCCCAAACUUCUGUGUGCUGGUAAGGAAUGGUGAGAUGUGUGCCUGGCACAGACAUGGGGCACAGCCAACGGAAGAUUGAUCUGGUGCAGGAAAAUAGGGGAGCUGCUGACAUCUAUUUUCUACCCAGAUUUCAGUGGGGCCUUGACACCGUCCUCCAGAAUAUCCUCAUAGAGAAGCUGCUGACAUAAGGGCUGGAUGGGCAGUGAAAUGGAUUGAUGGGCCAAACCCAGAAACAGUGGCAGUAGCACAAAAGCUGAUUGGACACCAGACAUCUAUCCCAGGGGUCAGUACCCAGCCCAGUUCUUUUUAACAUCUUCAUUAAUGAUCUGAAUGAUGGGGAAGAAUGUUCCCUCAGCAAGUUUGCAGAGAAUACAAAACUGUGUGGCAUGGCUGAUGCACCAGAGGGUCAUGCAGCCUUCCAGAGGGACUGUGACAGGUGGGAGCAACCCCAAGGAUGACAGCAGCUUCAUGGAGCUCAACACGGAGCAGAGCCAAGUCCUGUCCCUGGGGAGGAACAGCCCCAGCAUCGGGACAGGCUGGGAUCACCCAGCAGAAAGCAGCCCAGCUGCUGUCCCUCUGCCCAGCUCCAGCAGUGGGCUAUGUGGGCCCCUGCCCUGCAGUGGGGCAGGACACCUCUGCCCCACGUGGUUAUUUUCCAUAGGCAGUAACCAGCCCUGCAAAGAUACUGCUGCUGCCAAACACAUCUUCUCUCUUUCCUGCCCUUUGGGCCACGCCAUCUCUAGCUG